UCAGAGCCAGCCCAGUUGCGCCUUGACUGUUGGAGGGGAGUGACACGCCGUUCCUGUCUCUCCUCUCCCACUUCCCGUCUCGCACGCUCGCUCUCCUGCCCCGCCCGCCAUUCCCACCUGAUUACCUGAACACCUCAGCGAGUUUAAGUGUCCGAUGGUGGGAAUAAACACCUUCUAAUUUAACAUAGACGCCGAGUGAUACAGAAAGAGAGAAAAAAAGUAAAAAAAUAUAUAUACUAAGUGGUUAAACAGUUUCCCUCAAGUCCAGUACAGUUUCUCGUGCUUACACUCACUCACGCACGCACGCAAACACAGGUAUAUAUGCAUUUACUCACAUACCUGGCCUCUUGGUGACCUGGUGUGUCUUGGGGAUUUAGAUAAGGUGGUUGACUUCCCAUUCCCAGCCACAGCCACCCCCCAUCCGCGUCUUCUUAGCACCUGGAAAAGUUAUGCAAAUGUGACGAAACGAAGAAACGAAACUCAAGAGUGGUUACCGACACGCCGCCAGAGGGACAGCAAGAACAGGAACGCCAAUACAAGCACAGGACGCCAACCAAUACACACACGCUGGAUCGACACAACACACAUCAAUAAAACAGAAAAUUACAGUGAAAAUAAUGAAAAAAACAGCCGGUCCUAAAAUAAACACAGUGAGACGUGAAGUUGUCCUGGAAACAGAUGCAACACAGACUGAGUUGUCAACAAAAACAUAACAAGUAGAGCAGCCGCGCCUGUCACUCCGACGACAACAAAUAAAUGGAUGAAUUCAUACUCCGCUUGAUGAAAUGAUGGACGCUCGCUGAAAACUGGAUAUGCGGCACAUUGAUUUAAAGGUGAACAGCUGGAAAAUGUAUAGAGGAUAUGGUGGCGAAUGAAUAAAUAAAGAGUAAAAAAAAAAAAAAAAGGGAAGCGGUGUCAAAAAGAAAAAAAAUAUAAAGUAAGGAAGAGAAACACGGAAAAAAUACAAUUAAAUUAUGUGUGACACGAACAAACAAGGAACGAAAAUGGAAAACAAAAUUCGAAAAAAACAAUAGACAACCAAAAACAAAAACAAAAAAAAACAGAAAACGAGAUACUCAAAACAAACAUCAACAGGAGAGAAAAAAAAAAACAAUAACAGCAGCGCAACGCAAACACAGCAGCGCCUCGUGACGUCACACACACUUACACACGGACACACACUUACACACACACGAUCGCCAUGAGAGUGCCACGAGCCGCCUCCAGGGGUGCCAACCUGUGCCUGCUGCUGCUGCUGCUCCUACACCUGAGCGGCACCCUGGCACGCUCCUACUGGGGACACAACAGAGGAGCAGGAGGGCAGAGGAGAGGCGGAGGGCAUCAAGGACGAAGGAACAUGGGUCGACAUCGCCGUAAGGACCAGCUGAUCCACCCCACCUCCGCUGAGAUUCCAUAUUUCGACCCCACCUCGCCCACCCACAUCAAGGCACAGCUGGGCUCCAAUGCCUACCUCCCUUGCAAAAUUAAGAACCUUGGCAAUAAGUCGGUAUCUUGGGUGAGAAACAAGGACGCUCACAUCCUCUCGGUGGACAGAUAUACAUUCAUAGCAGACGCCCGCUUCGCCACCUGGCACGAGGCAAUCACGAACACCUGGACGCUGCAGGUGAAGUACGUGAAGGCGUCCGAUGCGGGGAGGUACGAGUGUCAGGUGUCCACGGAGCCAAAGAUGAGCCAUUUCGUGCACCUCAACGUGAUUACGCCCCUGGUCACCAUCCCCGGGGGCUCUGAGCUGCACGUCAGAAGCGGCAGUACAGUCACCAUUAAGUGUGUGGUGAGCCAGGCGCUUCACCCUCCCAGCUACGUCUUCUGGUACCAUGGGGAGCAACGCAUACCUGAGGGGAAGUGGAAGGGCGUGACACAGCAGCCGUUGACCAUAAGAGCGUCAGGAGGUAGUGAAGCCGCCCUUACUGUCACCUCAGCCAAUCACGCCCACGCUGGCAACUACACCUGUGCUCCGGCCGCCCUCACGCCCGUCUCAGUCAUCCUGCACGUGUUGAACGGUGAGCGCCCCGCCGCUAUGCAACACGGAACCAGCACCUCUUCACUCCCCUCUCUCCCCUCUCUCCCUCUCCUCCUCCUGUUUACUCUCUUGCUCCUUCACCUCGCUCCCACUGACGUCAUGUCCUCUUCCUCUCCCUCCUUUUUUCCUCCUCCUCCUCCUCUUCUUUUUUCCAUUUAGGGUCCAGUGUUGUCCAUACGCGGUGAUGGCAACACUGAUUCUUGUCCCUUGUGUAUGUAAAGCUUUGUCAAUUUUGUAUUAAUUAAUUAAGACAACGAUAUAUGUAUUAUACACUCAUAUACAUUAUACAUUAUACACUUCCUUCUCGUUUUCGUCGUCGUCGUCGUCUUCCUCCUCCUCCUCCUCCUCCUCCUCCUCCUCCUCCUCCUCCUCCUCCUCCUCCUCCUGACUUUUAUUUUACGGCAUUUCCUUGUCAUCUCGUUUUCCUCCUCUUUCUUCUCUAUUUUUCUUUCUUUCUCCUUCAUCUUCCUUGCUUUAUCCAACCUUCACUCGUUAGUCUUGCAUUUUUCCUUCUCCUAUUUUGUCCUUUUCCUCUUCCUCUCCUUUUCUUUUCUCUUUUUUUAUUCCUGCUCUUCCUCUUCCUGUUUCUCGUCUUUCUCCGGUUAUUUUCUUACACAUCUUUAUAAUAAAAUCCUUUCCUGGAUGAAUUAGCGUUACUUAGACACACACACACACACACACACACACACACACACACACACACACACACACACACACACACACACACACACACACACAAACUCAAUACUUUUCGUGCAGUUGUAACUAAAUGUAUAUAUUAAUGUUUAAGUAUGUCAUGUAAUUCCAGUUAUAUUUGUUACGUAUAAUGAGAGAGAGAGAGAGAGAGAGAGAGAGAGAGAGAGAGAGAGAGAGAGAGAGAGAGAGAGAGAGAGAGAGAGAGAGAGAGAGAGAGAGUAAUCCUGUUAAUCCCCUUCAACAUGUAAUCAACCACCACAGACAUAAGGAGUGUUCGGCCUUGCAUUAAUCAAAACAAAACAAAACAAAACAAAAAUACACACAGAAAAAACAAUUAAAUUCACAUAAAAAUAGAAACUGAACAAUAUCACCACAAAUAAUAACAAUAGUAAUAAUAAUAAUGAAAAUCCUAAUCCGAGCCGAAAUGAACAAGGCCGAACUCUCCUAACAAGCGCCAUUACCAUUACUGUCUCGUAGGGUUACAAUAUCCUUCAUGCCACUCAGUCCAGUAUCCGUUUUCUAUUGUGUGGUGUUCGGGAUCGGAAAACGGGAAGCGGGGAACGUCUCUGUAAUGUAACCAAUGCUAUGUAUGAUCUUGUUACCUAUACUGCUGAUGAUGACCGUGAUGCAUUUGUGUACAUAUUAUAUUAUAGCAAUGACGUGCAGUACCAAUAUAGAAAUAAAUGGGAUUCUUUUGUGUA